ACUGGUCCGGUUAAUAUUAUCUUCCCCCCACGAGAACGAGUUAAGUUACAAGGCGUGUGAACUGCAACCAAAGAAAUUGUAGUGAAAAGAAAAGAAAUAGGCUUAACUCCCUCACCAUUUGCCAAUAGUGUGAGUUUUGUUCAGUAUAUUAAGAAGUAGCAGUUGCCAUGGGAACAGAGGAGGGCCGUAAAGCGGAUUCGGAGGAGAGUUUUUAUCCGAGUGAGAAGGACAUCGAGAAGUGGAUGUCCUGCGCCUUUGACAUGGCCAAAGACGCUCUGCAGAACGGGGAGGUGCCGGUCGGGUGUCUGAUGGUCUACGCCGACGAAGUCGUGGGAAAAGGUCGCAAUGAAGUCAACGAGACCAAAAAUGCGACCCGACACGCCGAGAUGGUGGCCCUGGAUCAGCUCCUGGACUGGUGUCGCCGCGGCAACUUGGAAGUGAGCGGCGUGUGCCAGCAAACGGCGCUGUACGUCACGGUGGAGCCGUGCGUCAUGUGUGCCGCAGCCCUCCGCCUCCUCCACAUCCCAGUGGUGGCGUACGGCUGCAGGAACGAGCGGUUCGGCGGCUGCGGCUCUGUUCUGGACGUCUCGUCCGCACACUUACCCGAGACCGGCACCGCGUUCAAGUGUGUUCCAGGUCACAGGGCAGAAGAAGCUGUGGAGAUGCUGAAGUCUUUCUACAAACAGGAGAAUCCAAACGCCCCGAAACCCAAACGAGGAAGAACUGAGCUCUUCUAGACGCAUCGCUUCUAUGUUUAGUUUUUGUGUAUAAAAAUAAAAGACAUUAUAAAUCAUUCCGACCUCCUGGGACAUUUGCUGCCAUUCCCACCAGCGUGCCACCAGGGGGAGCAACACUGACUCACACACACACACACUUCUACUUUCUCACUUUGUUCUAUCAGCUCUCUCUACAACAAACUGAAAUGAACACGAGGAAAUCUGAAUUUUCAGCAGAGGAUCCAGUUGUUAAAUUUCACUCUUCGGAUGUAAAACGCACCACUUCCUGAACUUCACAUCUGCUCAUAGAACACAAAUCACUUUCGCUUCCUCUCUCACACACACACACACACACACACACACACACACACACUGGGUGUGUUCAACGUAUCUGCAGCUGGAUAGAGUUGAAAAACACGUUCGAACCUGAACUCUCCAGCUUAUUCAUUUCUGCUGACUGGAGGGGAGGCAGUUUACCCUGUGUUUGGAGUUUGGGUUUCCAUGGUGACAGGAGAGCUGGGAAAGCAUUUGGCUAAACUGAAGACAUUCCUCUGGGCCGGUGAAUCGAUUCCCCAGAUGUUCGCUGGUCACACGGACUCACAUUGAUUUCUGGGACUUUAGAGAACGAUCCUUUUGGGUCUGAUGACGUUCUCCUCAAUACUCAGAAGUUAAUUAAAUCUCGUUAUAAAAACUCA